AUGGCCGAGUCGCUAUUUGUCACCGAACAGCCUGUGCUUGCGAUGUCCCUCAAUCGCGUCUCGUACCUAGAGUCAUGGGAGCAAAACCCGGCUGCAUUCCGUCGCCAGCAGCGCCCCGAGGACUCCGACGGUGAAGAUAGCUACCAUGACCUGCCGGAAACCUCGCUCGCCUCCUCGUUCCAGUCGAAUCUCAGCCACCAUUCCUUCAGACAGCGCCUGAACUUCAACCCAUAUGCGGGGCCAGGCUGGAGCCAAACACUCGCAGACGACCCCGACAGGCAUCCUCUCCUCCGGGAUGCCUCGCCCAGGCGGACCCAGGCGGACUUGGGAACGGAUGGUGAACCGCCGCAGGAAGAACAUGUCACGCUGAAAGUGCAAGCCUAUGAUGGCCCAGAGACGACAGGAGCAUUCGAGGUCGGCCACACAAAGCGAAUCUUGCAGGUGUGUAUCGCCGUCAUGUAUUGCUUAUUUGCCGCUGGAAUAAUCUUCGGGUUUGCUGCCAUUAAGCCCGUCCUGAUCAAAGAAGGCGUCUAUCGCAGCGAGUGCUCGCAGGACGAGCUCGAUGGCGGCUCAGAUGUUUGCUACGGACAGGAGCUCCGCCUGAAUCUCAUGUUCACGAUAGCCGCUGUCGUUACCAACGUGUCCGCUCUGCCUGUAGGAACAAUACUAGACGCCUACGGCCCGCAAGUGUGCGGGAUCAUUGGCAGUGUCUCUUUGGCCGUGGGGACCCUCCUGUUCGGGCUGGCUCCCAAAGUCUCAUUCGACGCCUACCUGCCAGGUUACGUUUUCGUUGCCCUCGGAGGACCCUUCAUCUUCAUUUCGUCAUUCCACCUGUCUAACGCCUUCCCCACACGGUCAGGUCUGAUUCUAUCUAUGUUGACUGGGGCAUUUGACGCCUCCAGCGCUCUCUUCCUUAUAUUCCGCCUCUUAUAUGAGAACACCGGCGGCGCCUUCACCCCAUCUCGAUUCUUUUUGGCCUAUCUUGUCGUCCCGAUCGUUAUCCUAGCUGCCCAGCUAACCGUCAUGCCCACGACAUCGUACAAAACGGCUGGCGAGCUUGUGCAAGAAGCGCAAAUACACCGCGCCGCCGAGGCAACCGACCAAAUCGACCAGGCCAUCAAUGACCGCGGAGAAGGCGAACGGCAGCGAAACGACCGCCGUCUCCACCGACAAACCGUCAUCAACCAAAUCGAGGACCUGCUCUCUGCCCCCGAGCAGCAUUAUGCUCCGCUGGAACCCGUGCCAGCCGAGUCCAAAAACCCCCACACAUCUGGUGGUGUCUGGGGUGCCCUGCACGGCAUCUCCGCCCUGCGACAAAUCCGCACCCCGUGGUUUGUCCUGAUCAUGCUUUUCACGGUCCUCCAAAUGCUCCGAAUCAACUACUUCGUCGCGACCAUUCGUCAGCAGUACACCUACCUUCUGCACUCCCCGGCUCUCGCCCAAACCAUGAACUCCGCGUUCGACAUCCUCCUCCCACUGGGCGGCCUGGCCUCGGUCCCCUUCAUCGGCGUCAUCCUCGACAACGCCAGAACGCCUGCCGUCCUGAGCACCCUCGUCGUGACCGCCACUCUCAUCGGCAUUCUCGGCUGCAUCCCCAACACCGUCGCCGGCUACGCCAACAUCGUCUGCUUCGUCGUGUACCGUCCCUUCUACUACACCGCAGUCUCGGACUACGCCUCCAAAGUCUUCGGCUUCCAGACCUUCGGCAAAGUCUAUGGCCUGGUCAUCUGCCUCGCUGGACUGGGAAACUUCGCUCAGGCCGGUCUCGACACCCUCACAUUCCGCGUCUUCCACCGCGACCCCGUCCCCGUCAACGCCUUACUGACAGUAACCACGUUUCUCGUCGGCGUGAUUCUGGUAACAUACGUCACCUGGCAAGCGAACCGGAUGGCCAUCUUGAAGGCAGAAGAGAUAGGCACUGACCCCGCGCCCUUGGAAAACGGACUCAGUGUCCCGGCUAUGCACGAUGGCGUCGAUUCCCGAGACUGGGGCCUGGAGAGGGAUAGAGAGCGGGAGCCGCUUAUUCGCCCAAUCGGCGGCGGGGAUCCGUCCUCGUAUGGAACCUCGGGGCCUUAGAAGAGGGCCAGGCAUUCAGUUGGAUAUCCACUCACAGUCACAUUCAUCCCGCUUCUCCUCCCCUAUUCAUACUCGAUACUCGAUACUCAGCAUUCGAAACUCGACAUCCCACAGUCCAAUCGAUUACAUGUAGAUAGUAUAGUAUAGUAUCGUAUAGCCUAGCGCUUUCUUCUCUCUCUGAUUUGUUUGUCUUGUUUGUCUCAGGUAGUCUGUUGUUGUACAGAGUACCUAGAGAACUUAUUUUUACUUUUCUCUAGUACACUCACCCUGUCACGAUGAACAAGACUUUUCUUUCUCCCCUCUUCUCUUCUCGCUAUUUCUUUUUUUACUGUUAUAUAUAGGAACCGAUAUUUUUACACAAUCAUGCAACAUG